AUGAAAUACGCGGCAGUUGUGUUUUUGUUUAUAAGUUUUUCGAUUAUUGUGAUGUGCUAUAGAAAACCAGGCGUUAACUACUGUACUUUGCCAGUGGCCAUAAUAAAAGAUCGGGCAAUGUGCGAUCCACUGCGUACUCUUUGGGUUCUCAGGGAUGGCAAAUGCAAGGAGGCUCUUCAGUGCAUGGAUGGUUACAGCAAAAAAGAAUGUCAGCAGCAUUGCCUUAAGAAGGUCACAAAACCGAAGCCAAAACCUAAACCCAAACCCACACCCACACCUAUGACAACUUGUGGAACAACCGUGGCUGAAAUAAAAACAACAACUGAGCAGCCUAAUACAACAACUAUAGAUGAUUUAUACUCAACCAGAGAAACUAGAAGACCUAGAAGAACUCGCAGAACGAGGGUAUAUACUAUCAAAGAAAUAUGCUAAUUAAAGAAACAAUAAGAAGAUAACUCCUCUGCAAUUAUAUUUUUUUUAAUAUAUCCAAUCUUGAAUACUAAUACAAACAUUUUUAAACGCCUAA